UGAAAAAGAUUUAAAAACUAAAGUCCAAGUCUUAGUGAAAGAAUAAGAAAUUUAUUUAUUUAUUCAUUCAUUUGGAGCUUUGAGCUUUGAUUAUUGAUUCCUCGGAAACAAGAAUUUCAAGGUCAAUUUUGUUUUUGAAGGCAUAACUUCUAUUAUAGUGUUGAAGUUUCUUAUAGUUGUGAAAAAGUGGUUGACAAUCCUGUCCUAAGCUGCCUAUAAAUUUUCUGAGAUCUCUUCAUUGAGUUGGAAAGCUGAUGUCAAACCCAUAGCAUGGACUCACACCAGCUUUUCGGAUACGGUGUGACUGGUGCAGGCCUAUCCUACUCAACUUUUCCUUCAAUACCUAAUAGGCUGUUUAGUUCUUUGAAAUCUGAUAUAGGAAACUCACCCAACUCACCUUUUUUUACUCCAUUUGAUUGUGAUACCAACACUACGUUGAGUGACAGUCAGGAGCAGCAUAGCUCUACUGAGAAUCUCUCAGGACUUAGCCCUUCUUGCAACUCUUCGCUUGAAUCUAACACUUGUUUCCAUCGGUUGAGUCCCUCUCUGGGCUGCAGGAGUGAAAGCUUAUUGUUCAGUUCUGGUGGAACUUCUUAUACGCAAGAUGCAAAUUCUGGCCACAAAGUAAUAUACACUUUGCAGGAAUUGGAGACCGCACUUAUGGCACCUGAUGAGAAUGAAGACUUAACCACCCCUAGUGUUUCCCACGGAGAAAGUAGUAGACCACAGACUGCAGGCCAGCGAUCUAGGGCAUGGAGUCAGGAGCGCCAAGGAUCUUUGGCACUUCUGCCUCAGACAUCCUUUGUCUCUAAGCAUAGGCAAUCGACUGAAGUUUCUCAUGUUGAAAAACGCCAGAAAUCAAUAGAGGAUUUCUCUUGGCUGGGUAUUCCACCCGGCAAUCUGAAGCAGUUGCUGAUUGCUUGUGCUAAAGUUCUCUCUGAAAACAAUAUGGAUGAAUUUGAUAAGUUGAUUGCGAAGGCCAGGGGUGCUGUCUCUAUCAGUGGGGAACCGGUCCAGCGUCUUGGUGCUUACAUGGUGGAAGGGUUGGUGGCAAGGAAGGAAGCAUCAGGGUCUAGCAUAUAUCGUGCCCUUCAUUGCAGAGAGCCUGAAGGCAAGGACUUGCUGUCCUACAUGCAAGUCCUGUAUGAAAUCUGCCCUUACUUAAAGUUCGGGCACAUGGCAGCCAAUGGAGCCAUUGCUGAAGCAUGCCGAACCGAAGAUCGCAUUCACAUUAUUGAUUUCCAGAUUGCUCAGGGAACACAAUGGAUGACUCUCUUGCAGGCACUUGCAGCUAGACCAGGUGGAGCUCCUCAUGUCCGGAUUACAGGAAUUGAUGAUCCUAUUUCUAAAUAUGCUCGUGGUGGUGGAUUGGAAGCAGUUAAAAGACGUUUGGAAGCACUAUCUGAGAAGUUCAAUAUUCCAGUUGAGUUUCAGGGAAUGCCAGUUUUUGCACCAGAUAUCACAAGGGACAUGCUUGAUGUCAGGCCUGGGGAGGCUCUGGCUGUCAACUUCCCUCUGCAGCUCCAUCACACCCCUGACGAGAGCGUUGAUGUGAACAAUCCUAGGGAUGGGCUUCUACGUAUGGUAAAGUCACUGUCUCCCAAGGUUACCACAUUGGUAGAGCAAGAAUCAAACACGAACACGGCCCCUUUCCUCCCCAGGUUCAUAGAGACUCUGGAGUACUACUUGGCAAUGUUUGAGUCCAUAGAUGAAACACUGCCAAGGGACAGAAAGGAACGAGUUAACGUGGAAGAACAUUGCCUGGCCAGGGAUAUUGUGAAUAUCAUUGCUUGUGAGGGAAAGGAGAGGGUUGAGCGUCAUGAACUCUUUGGUAAGUGGAAGUCUAGAUUAACAAUGGCAGGAUUUCGACAAUACCCUUUAAGCUCUUAUGUCAAUUCCGUGAUACGAGGCUUGCUGAGGUGUUACUCUAAACAUUAUAAGCUGGUAGAGAAGGAUGGCGCUAUGUUGUUGGGGUGGAAGGAUAGGAACCUUAUAUCAGCUUCUGCUUGGCACUGUGACAGCUGAGUGAGAUUCAUACAAAGUUAGAAACGAAAUAAUCAGUUGAUUUUUUCUAAUAGGUGACGGAUGAUAAGAUAACUUCAUCCCAUGGUACUAAUGGACAAUGAUACUGUUGUUAGUAUCAGCUGUUGAAAUAUGUUGAAUAACAUCCCUAUGAUCCAAAAGGGUGACAUUUUCUCAUACCAUUAGGCAAUCACCACGGUUUCCCUUUGUUCAUUUGUUUUUUUCAUAGGAUUCGAUGUAUGCGUAAGAAAAUUGAGGGAUGCAUUCUUUUCAGGUUUAUGAGUCAAUGUAUGUAACACAGUCCACAUGUAUCCCCUGUAUUCUACAGUAUAUAUUAAUAGAUAGAUAGAGGAGACCAGAUAACUGCUUUUCAUUGUUUU